AUGUCUUCCAACAACUACACCGAGCCCAGCAAGACCUCCGGCCAGCUGCACUCCCUCAAAGGCAACGCCGUCGAGACGAUCGGCGACGCGACCGGCGCGCAGUCUUGGCGCCGCUCUGGUAAGGAGGAGCACGCGAAGGGCGAGGCCGAGUACAAGGCCGCGCAGGCGCAGGGGUACGCGGAGGGCACCAAGGACCGGGUGGGCGGCUACAAGGACAGCGUUGUGGGUGCUGUGACGGGGGAUAAGGGACAGCAGGCUUCUGGAAAUGCGAGGAACGGCAAGGGGCAGGCGCAGCAGGAGGUGAACAAGAGCUCUUGA